AUGGCUGUUGAGAUUCCUGGAGAGCCUUAUCCCAUGGAGAAGGACAUUCCCCCUGCCCCUGUUCCUGCACCAUCGGUUGACAAUAUAUCAGCUGGUGAAGUGAAUCAUAAGGCUCAUGUUCCAUAUGGAUGGAUAAUUGGUGGUUUAGGGUUUGGACUUGCUCUACUUAUAUUGUGCAUAGUUAUUUGUGUCUGCUUGAGGUCGUCAAGCUGCUUCCGUGAAGCUCGCGGAAGUCAUGCGAAAGGUGCUGAUGGGAAGAUUUCUCACAAGUUCCAUAUUCUUCGGAAGCGAAGUCUUCUGACAUUGGUGAGACAAUCCUGA